AUGCUUAAUGCACUGCAUAGAGUUCCUUCGUUUAAUAGUUUUUCCAUGAACAAUCCAGGACCACAAAUUAGCCAUCUUUCCUUUGCAGAUGACACGAUCAUAUUCAGUAGUGGAAGAAAAGCCACCUUGCAGACCAUUCUCAAAACUCUGGCAAACUAUGAAAGAGUGUUAGGGAAACUCAUCAACAAAAACAAAUGCUCCUUCACUAUGGCCCCUAACAUUACCCUUAGUAUCAUCAGAAGAGUUGGAAAUUUUUUGAACAUGAGAUAUGAGCACUUUCCUAUCAAAUACUUGGGAUGCCCAAUUUAUACAGGAAGAAAAACAUUGGAUAUUUUUCCAGAAAUGAUCAACAAGGUUAUAAAUAAGAUUAAAGGGUGGCAACUUAAAUUCCUCUCUUCAGGAGGCAGAGCAACUCUUAUUAGACAUGUGUUACUAGCCCUCAAUGUGCAUACUCUUGCAGCUGUCCAUCCCCCAAAAGGCAUAUUUGAGUUGAUUGAAACAUACUUGACAAGAUUUUAUUGGACAGGUAAUGAGGAAGGAGGAACAUAUCACUGGAUAUCUUGGGAUAACUUAAGUUAUCCAUACAAAGAAGGUGGUUCUAAUUUCAGAAAGCUUGAAGACACUUACAAAGCAUUCACUGCAAAACAGUGGUGGAAGUUCAGAACAAUUGAUUCCCUAUUGUCCAAGUUCCUGAGAGCCAAAUAUUGCAGAGAAGGUCAUCCUUCCAUCAUUCAAUGGAAGCCAGGCCAAUCCCAUAGCUGGAAAGUUAUGCUUCAAAUCAGAAGUGAAAUUGAUCACAAAAUUUGGUGGAAAGUUAGACAAGGGAAUAUCAAUUUUUGGUUUGAUAAUUGGACCAAGCAAGGUCCUCUAUGUGAUUUGAUGGAGGAUAUCAAUAUUCAACAGCUAAUUCCUAUCAAUGAGGUGUUCAAGCUAGGUCAAUGGGAUUGGACAGUACUAGUUCCAUACCCCAGUGAUCAGAUCAAAGAAAUCAUCAACAAUUGCUACAUUAGCCUAGACCACAACACUGAGGAUACCCCAUACUCGACACCUGCUGAGACAGGAAUUUUCUCGGUCUCUUCAGCUUGGAACUUUCUCAGACAUAAGAAACCAAUAGCCCCUAUUGAUUCAAGAUUAUGGCACAAAGAUGUCCCCUACAAAAUACAUGAUUCUAGGAAUAGAGACAGCCGAACAUCUCUUCUGCAAUGGGAAUUUUGCACAGCUGAUAUGGAGCUUCUUUGCAGGAAGGAUGGGAAUCAACACCAGAAAUUCAAACCUCAGGGAUUUGCUACACAGAUGCUGGAAUUGCACAACAAAAAACCCUUUGUCCAAAAGAACCUUUGCAAAUGCGAAAUCCCUAAUAAUUGGAAUAAUCUCCUCAACCUUAUGGAAUCUAAACUAGUUGACACUUGCUCUGUGGCUGUCAAAUGGAUCAAACCACCUCUUCUUUUUGUAAAGUUGAAUUCAGAUGGAUCGGGUGUUGGUAGCUCAAGUGGAGGAGGUGGGGUGGUUAGAGAUUCCAUGGGCAAUUUUAUAAUGUCUUUUAUUCUUCCGCUGGGAAUUGGCACUAGCAACACUGCCGAGGCAAAUGCUUUUCUUUUUGGUCUCAAGUGGUGCAUCGACAAUGGAUACAAUCUCAUUAUUGCGGAGACUGAUUCCCUACUUCUCCGAAACUGCAUUUCAGAAAGUUUGGUCACACCAUGGAGGAUAAAGGAAACAGUUGAAGAAAUCAGGAAACUGGUUCUAAGGCAUGAUAUAAUUGUUAAGCACUGCUUUAGAGAAGCCAACAAAGUGGCGGAUAAGCUUGCUUCCAUGAGCCAUGACACUGAGGUAACUAGUAGCCCUCAUCGAUCCAAACUCUAUGCCGAGACAAAUUAG